AUGAAUCCCUUCACGCACCCCCCGAAACCCAACACGCGCAUCCCACCGAUCCUAGUUGCGCGCCAAAACCAAGAAGGAGAAACAUCUACAAACAUGCGAUGCACAAAGCUCGCCGAUCUCUCAAAACAAAAGCUCUGGAAGGAAACCUCAACGGGCGACCCGGACCUCCGCCGAUGCCUCGGACACCAUCGGCUGCUUCGGCGCUCGGUCCAGGAGGCGCAGGAGGAUAUGAAGCGGUACCUCGGGGAGGUUGUUGAGUAUGAGGAUGAUAGUGAUGAUGAGCAGGAGGAUGAGAUUGAUGUUGAGCAUAUGGCUGUUGAGGAAUCAACAGUGGAGGAUGAGAGCGUGGAUGAAGAGGAGGAGGAGGAGGAGGAGGAGGAGCAGCCCUUUGAUGAGUGUGCACAGGGGCAGGAGCGGGAGAUUGUCUGGCUAGGAUGGCGCGGGAGAGCCAAAGAGGUGUAUAUCCAGAAGGAGAAGGAGAAGCAGAAGCAACAGGAGAUUUGUCGAGAGCGGGGUAGGAGCACUUGUGUCCGGCAGAGGUUCGUCCAUGCCGUCCGUGGCCUGAUGAGGCGGCAUACCUCUCCACUGCCUCUGCCUCUGCAUCUGCGCGCGGUCGCUGCCGGAAAGAAGGACAAUACGCUCCGUCAGACGCUGCAGAAGAACAACAGCUGCAGCAAUAUCCCCAUCUACAUCCAUGUGCAUGAGCAUAAUGGCAAGGAGGGCACAUUUGCAGCGGGACUUGAAAAGACGAGGACACGCAGUACCGAUUCGUUGGGGGGGCGUGGCCGAGGACGACGAUACGCUGAGCGACUGGGGAUCAGAACACGGUGA